GGGGGAGCUCUUCAAGCUUCCAGGCAGGCUGAGAAUCCAGCCCUCCCUGUGGAGCAAAGACGACGUGAUCCACUGGCUAAGAUGGGCUGAAAGAGAGUAUUCCCUUCGGCAAACCGACGAAAGCAAGUUUGAAAUGAACGGCAAAGCCCUGUGCAUCCUCACCAAGGAUGACUUCAGAUACCGAGCUCCGAGCUCAGGUGAUGUGUUAUAUGAAAUAUUCCAGUACAUUAAAACUCAAAGAAGAGCUCUGGCGUGCAGCCCUUUGCUGAACUCACCCUUCAGGGAAGCCAGGAGCACAGAGGAAGACUGCAGGUUGCUGUGGGAUUAUGUGUACCAACUCCUCUCUGACAGCCGCUAUGAGCCUUACAUCAAGUGGGAAGACAAGGAAGCCAAGGUCUUCCGGAUCGUUAACCCAAACGGACUUGCCCAGCUCUGGGGGAACCAUAAGAACCGGAUGAACAUGACAUAUGAGAAGAUGUCACGAGCGCUCAGACAUUACUACAAACUCAACAUCAUCAAAAAGGAGCCAGGGCAGAAGCUGUUGUUCAGGUUUUUGAAGACUCCUGGAGAGAUCAUCCAUGAGAAAUCCAGCAAACUGGAGCAGCUGGAGAAUGAGGACCAUGAGGAUUUGAAAGAAGACCCACUGGAGGUUUCACCGUAGGAAAUCUUUGAAGGUGGCACUUGCAGUGCAUUGCAGACAGGCUUGUGCUCCGCUGGGAAGUGCCGGCGUCUCUUGCAUCUCCUGGACAGAAGGCCACAGAGCUGGUCCUGGAUUUCAAAACCUGCCCUGAGCCAAAGCUGUGACAUCUCUAAGGCUGCAUUAGCAAAACACACCGAGAAACUGUCCCCCAGCCCCAAAAGCACAGAUGAACAUGUGGGCUGGUCUUCUGCUCGCUUCUCUUGUAUCCUCUGGGAGGGAAUGUGAUAUUUUUGCUCUGUAAAUUUUGAUGCUUGUCUUUAAGGUUUAAACUUGCUGGUAAAGACUGCUCCGUUCUUACAGCGAGAUGUGCUGAGUGGAGAGCACCGGAGCAUGUGCUCCUGGUCAAAAGCACUUUGGUAGAUGUUUGCAGAGAGCAGCGGCCCUAAGUGUGAACACGCUGCUCUGAAUCUGAGCCGUGUCCCAGAUUCGAGAAUGGACUUAUAUUGCAGAUGUGCUGUGCACUGUAAUCUCAGUCUCCUGUGGGGUUGCUCCUGUGAUUAAGGGUGGAAGUGUGCUGAAAUAUCUGCCUGGAUCAGGCCUUGCUGGAGCUCCAGGCUGCAUGGAUGCCCUAAGCUGGGUCUCAUUUUAACUCCUUUCCCUCCAUGUAAUGCUUUUUUUAAUUAGAUGACUAAAUAAUGUGAAAAGAAACAAAGCCAGUAAUGAAUAUGACCAUACUCAUCGUCAGACACGUGGUUAUUUGCUUUGAGUCCGAAGCAGGGAUACCUGCAACCCCAGGCACUGUUAGUGACCUGGAAGGAACAAUGUGUAUGUGCUUUUUAAAUCCGAAAAUAUCCACUAAUAUUUUCAGAUUGCUUUUCAUUGAGCAAAUAAAAUCCUGU